UUAAGAUUCCUUCCAGAAAGGAGUGUCGCGGGAAUUUGUAUCAUAUGGAUCAUGAUCGUCCAGCCUGGAUUGCUAACUAUCAGAUAAGCAUAUGACAAAAAGGAAAAAGUUUCUGAAUGAGAUUCUGCCUAUAAAGAGAAAAGGGAGAAGAUUGGUUCUAUAAUCAAUCAGUCUAUUUGUUUUAAGCCAUGGGAGGAUCUCAAGGCAAAAAGUCUGGAUGCAGCAGCAUGCGGGAUGGAACAAGAUCAGGAUAUGCCUGGGCUGGUGAGAGGGGGGCAGGAACAGAAUUAGAUAGAGGUGCUAUGGCUCACUCAAAUGAUAAUACUGAGCUCAUUAAACCCAGAAAGCUCAAUAACCCUGUGAAAGAUUCUAAGAACUAUCAAGAACUCCACCGUGAGUUGUUGCUGAGCCAGAAGAGAGGCUCUGUGCUACAGAACAAACCUGAACUUCAGCGGGUGAUGGAACAAAGAAAAUAUGAUCUGCAAAAAGAAAGGGAAGAAGCGCAGAGGCCAAAAUCUGAUUUUGAACAGGAACUAAAGAAACGACACCAAAUAUUGGAGCAGUAUGAACAAGAACAACAGAAAACAGAAGAGCAGGAAAAUGUGCCAGAGUUUGUCAAAGUCAAAGAAAGCUUGAGAAGAACAAAGCUAACAAGUGAUGCAGAGGACAGUCGAGUGUCUUAGCCACACAUUUGUUGGAAUUAUCAAGACGUGUUGUGCCUCUUCAGUACUUCUAAAAGCCUGUUAUAUAAUGUAGAAACUG